CUUCGCUGACUCCAUUGUCGAAACGCUUUGAGGUCAAAGUGGAUGCAUUAAAUAAGCGAUCGAAUGGGACAAUGAAGUAACAAGGGUUGGGCCAGUCCCAAGGGUUCCAGUGGAACAAAUUUCUUCGUUAAUCGUGCGUACGAGAAAAGCAGCUCUCUUUAUAAUAGCGUAAUCGAGUUUACUCGAAGGAGAGAGGAUAAACGAAUUAGCCGUAGCACCAAUAAGUGAAAGCGCACCCUCGAGUAACAAUUACCUGAUUAAUCGUGACUAUUUUCCCUGUUGGUCCGAGACCAACGUCCUCUAUGCCCGUCGAAGGGAUAAAUCUCUUUUUCUCGCGUUUCCCCAAUCGCGUUAAGUCGUGCAAGGGUGCUUGAUAUCUGCUGCAACAAAGAGAGAAUCAUGUCGACGAGUGCGUACAACGACUCGAGGACGAUUUCAACUACCUUGCCAGGGUUUAACAGCUCCUACAAUGGUACGACGAUGCCCAUGAACGGAAGCUUCAAAGUGAAUAUCGAGGAGAUACUUUGGUACUUGUACAACAAGUUCCACAGCGAAGCCAAUUACUUGUUGAUCAUCCUCUACGUCCCUGUGAUGGCACUCGCGGUGACGGCCAACGUCCUCGUCAUCGCGGUCGUUUUAAAGUAUCACUAUAUGCGUAGCGUGACUAAUUACUUCGUGGUUAACCUGUCUGUGGCGGACCUUUUGGUGACUACCAUUUGCAUGCCUGUGGCUGUCAGUCAGGCGGUCUCGGUAGUGUGGAUUCACGGGGAAGUAAUGUGCAAGCUUUCCUCUUACCUGCAGGGUGUUGCCGUUGCUGCUUCGGUUUUUACCAUUACUGUGAUGAGCAUCGACAGGUACUUGGCGAUAAGGAGUCCUAUAGCGUUCCGCCGAGUGUUCAAUCGUAAAAGUACGGUGCUCGUUAUCGUGGCUCUUUGGUUGGUCGCUUUAAUUAUCUUUGCUCCAGUUCUGAGGGUGAGGACCCUCCAGAGUCCGGGUAUGGAACUUAGCAACAUAUCUUUCCAAGGAUCCUGGAAUAUCACGAGGAAUUUCCCGCAGAAUGCCUCGCCCGUCUCUCGCCUGCCACCUGAUUUCUACAUUUGUUCGGAAGAUUUUAAGCCUCUGGGCAUCCGCGCGUCGCUUUUCGGCGCUGUGUGCUUCGUGUUGGUUUACGCUAUUCCUGGUUUCAUCGUAAUACUGUCCUACUCCAUGCUGGGACGGACACUGUGUGCCCGGAAACCGCCUCUGGACUGCGACAGCGUCGAAGGAAGCGCCAGCUCGCAACAGAGUUUCCGGUUGGUACGUGAAAGAAGACGUAUUGCUUGGAUAUUGCUUCUUCUCGCAGUGCUCUUUGCCCUGUGCUGGCUGCCGUAUAACGUUUUGAUGCUCCUGAUCGACCUGGGUGCAGUCGAGGGAAAAGCACCGAUGAAUGCCCUCUCCUAUUGCCUGUUUCUGGGACACGCGAACAGUGCGUUGAAUCCUACGGUGUACUGCUUUAUGACUCGCAAUUUCCGACGAAGCGUGCUGGAAAUUCUCUGCCAUGGCACUCAUAGGUUGGCACGUCGGAGACCUCGUCGCAGAAGUGUUCAAGGGACAGCCGUGAUCGAUGAUGCGUGCGUAGGGUGCAAUGCUAGUAGCUCGAUAAGACGGGAGCUACUUCGCAAACGAGGUACGUUAUCCGGAUGCGGAUGUGGACUACCGAUCGGCGGUCAUCACGCGGUUUUGGCCCUUAGACGAACCACUACCUAUAGCACCGGUUACGACAGUUACUACAGCAGGCACAGUCCUCAUCGCCGAUGUUACAUGUUAAGGAGUCUCCGGUCGAGGCCGCAGACAACGGUAGAGCAGGUGCAGGUGAACAGAAAUCAGGAAACCUGCUACGAGAAGAACAAAGCCAGUCAGCUCUGUGCGAACACGAAAAGCGUGGAACUCGAAUAAAUGACUCGAUGUAAGGAAUAAUCGAUUUAUGCGCGUGCAGAAUUUCGGUGUUGUUACGUGUCUGAAAAUAUAUGAUGUAUAUAAUGA